CUUGGGAGAAUGCCGAGGAAGAAGGUUACGCUCGGGUGGAUCGCCCACGACGCCACGCGCCGCGCCACCUUCAAGAAGCGGAAGCGGAGUCUCCUCAAGAAGGUGAGCGAGCUCGCCACCCUCUGUAGCAUCGACGCCUGCGCCGUCGUUUACGGACUGGAGGAUGAGGCGCCGGAGGUGUGGCCUUCGCCUGCGGAGGCCGCGCGCGUGACGGCGCGGUUCAGGGCGGUGCCGGAAUCGGAUCAGAGUCGCAAGAAGACGGACCAGGAAGGGUUCCUCCGCCAGCGGGCGGCCAAGCUGCGGGAGCAGCUCAUCCGGCAGGAUCGCGGCAACAGGGAGCUGGAGGCGAGCCUGCUCAUGCACGAAGUGCUGUCCGGAGGCGGAUGGAGGAUGCGCGACGUGGGAAUCGAGCAGGCCGCGGAGCUCGUGCGGUUGGCGGAGAUGAAGCUGGCGCUGGUGCGCAACAGGGUCGAGAGGGAGAAGGCGAGGACCGCGGUGGAGCUGCCUCGGCAGGCGGCCGAACAGGUGGUGGGCAUGGCGGGGGAUCCAUGGAUAGGAUUUGUGUUGCCGCCGCUGCAGGCGGUCGAACAGGUGGUGAACAUGGCGGAGGAUCCAUGGAUAGGAUUUGUGUUGCCGCCGCUGCCGGCGGUCGAACAGGUGGUGGACAUGGCGGAGAAUCCAUGGAUAGGAUUUGUGUUGCCGCCGCUGCAGGCGGUCGAACAGGCGGUAGGCACGGUGGAGACAGUGGCGGAGGACGAAACCCUAAACUGGCUCGUGGAGGCCUUGAGCGCCGGCGAAAUUGCACCGUUCGCCGACGUUGGGGAACAAGAAGCCAUGGCAUUAAGCUGCAUUGAUCAGGAACCGUGCAUUGAUCAGGAGCCGUGGGAUGUUGUGGCAUUAAGCUGCAUUGAUCAGGAGCCGUGGGAUGUUGGGACAUUAAGCUGCAUUGAUCAGGAGCCGUGGGAUGUUGGGGCAUUAAGCUGCAUUGAUCAGGAGCCGUGCAUUGAUCAGGAGCCGUGGGAUGUUGGGGAACAAGAAGUCAUGGCUUUAUGCUGCAUUGAUGAGGAGUCGGAGGAUCCAUGGAUGGAAUUUGUGGAGAAAAUGUUUGGCGCCGUGCCUUUGUCUUGCUUUGAGCCCGAGUCGGUGGAAUGAGGAGUCGGAGGAUCCAUGGAUGGAAUUUGUGGAGAAAAUGUUUGGCGCCGUGCCUUUGUCUU